AUGUCUAGUAAAGGUACUGCUAAGAAGCAUUCUAUGGACAUUCCGCAUGUGGCGGCAGUAGAGUUACCUCUUGUUGUUAAGGAUGAAGAGAGGGCUAUUUCGAUGAUUGGUGGGAAAUCUAAAAUAUCUAAUGCUAUCAAUAAUAGCUAUAUACAAAACCAUCCAGCUAGUGGAUCUUCUAUUGUACCCGAUGAGAAUAUAUUGGAAUUGAGAUUGAGGAAUGAUCCAUUCCACCAUCCAUUACAAUCAUUAGUGACCAACCGUGAAAGGGUUUUGCUUAAAGUUUCAAUUCCUAAGAAAAGUUUACCCAAAGAUUACUAUGAAGAUCCUUCAAAAUAUACAAUCCAAGAAUUGAUUGAAGAAAAUAAGAAUCAAAAUGGACCUAACCAUAAGGUUUUACCUGUUGCGAUUAUCAAUAAGACUUUUUCUUUCAAAACAAUGACUGAUUUUCAAGUACUGACCAAAAAUAAUACAUUAGUUCAAGAAUUUAAUGAUCUAACAGGAUCAAAAGCAUAUGAUGAUGUUUCCAAAUAUUUCAACAACCAUUCUAACAUGACUGAUAUCUCAGAUUAUAAAGAGCCAUCAUCUUAUGAAAAUAAAGAUCAUCAAUUACCCCCACCCCCAGUGUUCAGUAACGUUAGGUUACCUUUUAGUUAUAAAUACCAAAGAAAUCCCUACACAUUGGUUUUGAAAGAUGAAAAUGGAGAAACUAAAUUAGUACAAAAGAAGAAUGAUCGUAAAAUUCAUACCAAAAUAAUUGAAUUCAAUGAAUUAGACGUACCUAAAGAGCCAGCACCGGAAUUGAUUGAAAAAUAUGAAUCCCUUAUGAAGUCUGAUUUGUCACAGGAUGAAUCUUCCAAAACCUUAAUCCAAUGUAUUCAUUGGUUGAAAAAAUUAUUUGAUAUUAAACCAUUUUGGUUAAGAAAACAUUUAAAAGAUAUUCUACCUCCACAGUUUACGAGAUACUUAAAACCAGCAUUGCCCUUUGUUACAUAUAUAUAUAAAAGUGGUCCAUGGCGAUUCUGUCAUGUUAAAUAUGGUGUUGAUCCAAAAUAUGAUAAAAAAAACUGGAAAUAUCAAAUUGAGUAUUUCAGAGUUGCUAGUUUAAGUUUUGAUGCCCAUAAACAACGUAAAUCUGAAAGAAUUCUACCAUUAACUAUCAAGGAAAAAGAUCCAAGAUCGGAUUUAAAGGUUUCUGACUAUUUAUUAUUUACUGGUUAUAAAUUACCUCAAACUAUUACUUAUCAAUUAGGUGAUAUGAUAGAUGAAGAUAUUCUUGAUGUUGUCUCAAACACACCAGAAACAAAGUUUUUUAGAGAUGUGAUUGAUUUCCAAGAUGGCUGGAUUAAUAAACAAACUAUAGAGACUAUAAGAAGAAUUGUUCGUUAUAAAUUAGCUCAGUUAGUAAAAGAUGAACCAGUGGAUCCGGCAAGAAUAUCUAAAAUUGUGAAUCAAGAUUACGUUGAGAAUAAUGAUGAUAUGGAAGUUGACCUGGACAACGCAUCCAAAGAUAUUGAACAGGAAGAACAGGACGAUCAAGAUGAACAGGAUGAUGACCAAGACGAAGGUCAAGACGACCAAACUACUCAGGAUAUUCAAGAUCAAGACGAUUUGAAUAUUUCCGAGGACACUGUCAUGAGCAGAAUCGAUAAGUUGGAUCCAGAAACUGCUUAUAAACUAAAAGACUUGGUAUCUUUUGUUAAACAAGACUCAUUAGCAUAA